AUGUCGGGACGAGGAAAGCAAGGCGGAAAGGUCCGUGCCAAGGCCAAGACACGGUCUUCUAGAGCUGGACUGCAGUUCCCUGUGGGUCGUGUGCAUCGCCUGCUUCGCAAAGGUAACUAUUCCGAGCGGGUCGGUGCCGGCGCGCCGGUGUACCUGGCGGCAGUACUGGAGUAUCUGACCGCCGAGAUCCUGGAGCUGGCGGGCAACGCGGCCCGGGACAACAAGAAGACGCGCAUCAUUCCUCGCCAUCUACAGCUGGCCAUCCGUAACGACGAGGAGCUCAACAAACUCCUGGGCAAAGUCACCAUCGCGCAGGGUGGUGUCCUUCCCAACAUCCAGGCCGUGCUGUUACCCAAGAAGACUGAGAGUCAUCACAAAGCCAAAGGCAAGUAAAGGAAUAAGCAGUUUAAGUCUUGAAGGAUUCAACUUUAACCAAAGGCUCUUUUCAGAGCCACCCAUGUGCUCAUUAAAAGGGCUACACUUUUCGCUACUAGAUACUUUAAAACAAUCUCUAGCAUUACUUAACGUAGAUGUCGAUAACUCUCAAAAGUGAAAUUGAUAAUCUUGACACCAUAAAAAAGUCAAGUUAAAAGUUUACGUAACAGGUAACACAAAAGUAAGUCUACGCAGCUGGCCUUCAGCAAUUGCAGAAUCUGUUGAAGAAAAUGAGAAAUCCUGGAGAAAAUAGUGCUUUGUCAACUUUUAAAAUUUACAUGCAAAUCUAGUUUUACAAAGCAAUUUUAUCUUCUGUUUGCAUCUUAAUGGGACUAAACUAAAUUUGUAAGGAUUUUUUUGGUUCGUGUUUUUCCUUUUUUCAUACUAAUUACUAACUAACAGUCACUAACCUGGACCUAGUCAAUUGCAUAUAGCCCCCAGGCAGAUCUUAACUGCAUUCACCCUGAAAUGC